GCUGCUGCCUAUGGCGGGCUAACCUGGGAAUACCAGCCCGGGAAUGGGGAGAUGACCUCAAGGGCGGACACGCACGCUGAGCAGGUGCCCGUGGUGCGCCUUGAUCAUUGGGUUGGACGGCAUUUGGGGGUGCAAGGACGAGUAGAGGUUCUGAAGAUCGACGUGGAGGGUGGGGAGUGGGAGGUGCUGCAGGGAGCUGAGCCGCUGCUCACCGCACAGCGUGUGCUCUGCGUGGUGCUGGAGUACUCCCACUUCUGGACCAGUGUCACCUUGAAGACGUUGUCUCGGUGGAUGUCAGACAAAGGCUACGAUGGUUACCUUCUGGGAAGCCAGCACUUGAUCCCUGUGAGUGGUGCGGAGAUGGAGUGGUGGCAUGAGCUCUACGAGGUUUGCGCACAGCCUGACUUGCGCAUCUACCGUGGCCUGGCGGGGUGGUGCUGGCUCAAUGCAGCCUUUGUCCUGCGACGCUCAAGGCUGGGAACGCUGGCAGCCCAGUGGGUCCCACGCGUGGGCGCAGGUGAAAAGUUGGAGUUUGGACUGCCAGCCAUGAGCUAUGAGAGUCUGGGAUUAAGAUGCAAGUUUUUUGGCCUGGCUUAUGAUCCUUCAGAAGACCUCUUGAAGCUUUGCCCUGCCUCCCUUGCCUUGCGAUUGCCUAGCACGUGGAGAAAGCUCGAGCGCUGUCAGCAGCGACCAGACCAUGAAAAACUCUGCAGUAUGCGUGUAUUGACAUCACUGAAAAGCUGUACAGCUUCCACCCUUUCAAACUGCAACCAGUGUAAGAUUGGUGAAAAGGUCAUCAUCAGCUCAGACACCAUGAUCGACAAGUAG